AUGGAUGCGGGAGGACGUGAUCCCGAUUUCCUCGCUUUCGUGAUAACUCUUCUAAUGAUGCUACUCUUAGCAGCGGGUGUUAAAAAAUCGUUAAUCUUUAACAACAUCCUGAACGUGAUCAACCUCGCAGUGUGGGUGUUCGUCAUGACAGCGGGACUUUUUUACGUCAACACCGACAAUUGGACCAAACACAAAGGAUUUCUUCCUAAGGGAUGGUCCGGGGUAUUUACUGGUGCGGCAACAUGUUUUUAUGCCUUUAUCGGCUUUGACAUUAUAGCCACUACAGGAGAAGAAGCAGCGACGCCGAAAAAAUCUAUUCCAUUAGCUAUAGUUUCCAGUUUAGCUAUAAUUUUAAUAGCCUACGUUACAAGUUCCAUGAUGAUAACUCUUAUAGUUCCGUAUACCGAAGUUGACGAAGAUUCGGCGCUUGUGGAAAUGUUUGGACAAGUGGGGGCAUACAAAUGCAAGUAUAUAGUGGCUGUUGGGGCUCUCGCCGGCCUUACUGUGAGCAUGUUUGGUUCAAUGUUCCCUAUGCCUAGGAUAAUAUAUGCCAUGGCCCAAGAUGGACUAAUAUUUAGGAUUUUUUCACAAGUUUGGCCAAGUACUGGAACUCCAGCAUUAGCUACAUUUAUAAGCGGCUUGACAGCAGCAAUAGCCGCACUAUUCAUAAGACUAGAAAUACUAGUAGAAAUGAUGUCGAUUGGUAAGAAACUCUGUUUAACUUUCUAG